GGAGUGGAGAAAUGCUCUGAUACAUGCGUGCUGUGAUAGGUUAGGGUUGGAGAAUAGUGGACCUGGUAACGCUGUCGACAGAAUCACUGUCUGUGUAUAGUUCAAGUUAGGUUAGAACUGAAAAGUGUUGUAGCUUAUUUUGGGGCCAUGAAGAUUUAUGAAUGCAUAACCUGAUACCCUCCCCCCUCCUUUUCACAUCAUUUUACUUUUGCACCUUUUGUCUUUGACUUUUCUUUAAUGAUUGUGGUAUUUGUCACGUUGUCUAUGAAGCACGUUGCAGCUCUGUGUCUGAACACCAUAACUACCAGUUAACACUGGCCACAGAGGUUUUCUAACAAAUCCAUGAUGGGAUGUUUGCAGUGAGUCUCUGAGUCCAGCACUGAGCCUUCAGCCUCGUCCAGAAAAGACAGAAGCUGUUGACACAUGUCAGUGACUGAAACAGACGCUGAGAAGUGAAUAGAAACACGUUUAGUGCUGAAUGAAACUUCUCUGCUGUACAGUACCACUGUGGGUAAAUCCUGGCUGAAGAAGAAACUGUUUGUGGAAGAGUUUUAAUUUGAAACCCGAGUCUUCACCUCAGAGUCUGAGGUUUGUAAAAGUCUGAUGUGUUUCCUGCCUGAGUCCAGCAGAGGUCAGUAUCAGAGGGAGGAAAGUUUCAGUCACGUUCCUCAAAUGAAAGUGAAAGUUUGUCAGAGCGACAGCAGAGCUGUAGUUGAGACGAGUCUCUGUGUUUGUGUCCAAAGACAAAUUCAACAGGGUUCAUCGGUUCUUUCUCAGCCACCGACUCAGACACUGUGUGUAGACAUGUCUGGUGCCAGGAGUCCACGAUCUGAAGACCAGUUUCUGUGCUCCAUCUGUCUGGACGUGUUCACUGAUCCAGUCUCCACACCAUGUGGACACAACUACUGCAAAAUCUGUAUCACUCACCACUGGCAUGUUAAUGUCCCUUAUAAGUGUCCCAUGUGUAAAAAGGCUUUCAAGAAAAGACCUGAGCUACAGGUCAAAACCUUCAUCUCUGAGAUGGUCGCUGAGUUCAGACGUGAAGCCCAACAGAAAGCCAGCAGCAGCAGCUCAGAGCAACAAGCUGCCAAACCAGGAGAAGUUCCCUGUGAUGCCUGCACUGGAACCAAAGUGAAGGCCCUGAAGUCCUGCCUGGUGAGUCUGACCUCCUACUGUGAGACUCACCUGGAGCCUCAUCUGACAGCUCCAGGUCUGAAAAGACAUCAGCUGGUUGAGCCUGUGAAGAACCUGGAAGGCAGGAUGUGUAGGCAGCAUGAUAAACUUCUGGAGCUGUUCUGUAAGACCGACCAGAUGUGUGUCUGCAUGCUCUGCUCUGUUUUAGAGCACAGGACACAUGAGUUUGUUCCUCUGAAAGAAGAAUAUGAAGGAAAGAAGGCAGAGCUGGGGAAGACAGAGGCCGAGAUUCAGCAGAUGAUCCAGAAGAGACGAGAGAAGAUUGAGGAGCUCAAACAGUCAGUCAGGAUCAGUAAAGAAGGUGCAGCCAGAGAGAAAGCAGCAGGUGUUCAGGUCUUCACUGCUCUGAAGGAGUCUGUUGAGAGGGGCCUGAUCCAGCUCAUCAAGGAGAUCGAAGAGCAACAGGAAACCACAGAGCAACAGGCUGAAGGCUUCAUCACAGAGCUGGAACAGGAAAUCUCUGAGCUGAGGAAGAGGAGCACUGAGGUGGAGCAGCUCUCACACUCUGAAGACCACCUCCACCUCCUCCAGAGCUUCUCCUCCCUGAAAGCUGCUGCACCCACCAAGGACGGGACAGAAGUUAGAGUCUGUCCGUCAUAUGAGGGGACUGUGGUGAGAGCUGUGGCUCAGGUAGAGGAGACGCUUAGUAAACAGAUGAAGAAGCUGUUUGAGGCUGAGCUGAAGAGGGUCCAGCAGUUUGCAGUGGAUGUGACUCUGGACCCUGAUACAGCACAUCCUAACCUCAUCCUGUCUGAUGAUGGGAAACAAGUCCACUGUGGUGAUGUGAAGAAGAAUCUCCCAGACAAACCAGAGAGAUUUUCUAAAUGUGUUAGUGUCUUAGGAAAGCAGAGUUUCUCUUCAGGCAGAUUUUACUUUGAGGUUCAGGUCAAAGGAAAAACUGGUUGGGAUUUAGGAGUGGCCAGAGAGUCGGUCAACAGGAAG